UCGAAAGAAAUUCUAAGGCCUAACGCAACUGAAGAAACGAACUUCGAUCGCCUACGAUACAAUCACUACGAAUAGUCGGCUUCGAAAGCAACAUGGACCCGAGCAUGGACAUAAAUACUUUUCCUACCAUCGUAUUCACCUCAGUCGUCGAGUACCUGGUUUUAACUGUUGGUAUUUAUAAGGCUGUUCGACUCCGUCUAGUGAAUAAGCUUUUCAACUCCGAGAUACUAUUUGCUAUAUGCAAUAAGCAAGUCAUCGACAUUGAUGACCCAGCUACCCCGUGGGUGUCUGAGAGGAUACACCCUUCAAUCAAAGCCCGAAUUUUCCUGCACCGAUCCCUUUCUGGUAAGGGGAAACAAGACAGCUAUGUCACGACUAUCACCAGUGUCAACAAGGCAAUAGACCUCUUAACCCAGCAGACCGAGGAAGGUCGGGAUAAACAACACCAGAUCAUCGCCGAGGCUAUCUGUACUAUGCAUCCCCACAGCAUCAAACGCUGGCAGAGUAGUAUCAAUAUCAAUACCCACAUAGAAGCGCAAAACAUUCUGAGUGGUGCUAUUGUUCUCGGAAACCUGCAUCUAGUUAAGUCGCUGCUUGACGCACCGAAUACAUUGGCCGGAGUUAAUUUUGAAACUCCCUACUUUGGUCGACCACUGCAGCUUGCGGCUGUUUGGGGUCACCUACACAUUGUCCGUUAUUUGAUCGGCCGCGGUGCUAAUCCACGGGCAAAUAGUUAUGAUAGCGAGGAUGAUGGCAGUCAAAACUGGAGGUUCGAUGGAAUGGGCAGUAUUGACGACAAGCAGCGAUACUAUCGAAAACCUCGGGGAAGCGCCCUUCGAGCUGCUGCCUUAGGAGGGCAUGAAGACAUUGUGAACCUACUUCUGAAGCCGGAAUAUCGGCUGUCGAUUUACAAAGAGGAAUAUUUUCGAGCGAUUAUGGCUGCGGCGCGCGGUGGCCAUCCCAACAUCUGGAAACUGCUUAUCGCCUUGACGGGUAAACCCCUACACCGCUCCAUAAGAUUGAGAGAUGAAAUAUUCUGGGAAGCAACUUUCCAUGGGCGAGAAGAAGUGGCGCAGAUGGUACUUGAUUCCGGUCUGGACAUUGAUACAAAGCCGCGACAAGAAAUGUAUGUCUCCGCUCUAGAUAUCGCCGCAGCAAGGGGUGAUAUUCGUAUGGUCCGGUUUUUACUUGACCGAGGGGCCUCUACAGAGCCGUCCGUGAGGAUGGCUGCAAAUCCCAUCAAAAGCGCCGCCUCUGGUGGGCACCAAGAAGUCGUGGAGAUGUUACUUGAGCAUGGAGCUAACGAUGAAGGGGUCUUUGAAGUUGCUACUAAUAGAGGGCAAACUCGCCUAGUUAAAUGGCUCUUGGAAAAAGAUCCAAGCUCGAUAACUAUGGAAAGUAGGCAUGGACAAUACACAGUAGGAGUAAGUGCGUUGUUAUGCGCCAUACAAAUUAGGAACGCCGACAUCAUAGCCCUCCUAGCUGAUGCUGGUGUCUCACUGAAAGGAAUGCCCGAUACGGUAUUCAUACCACAUGGAGCCGAGCUUCCUUCUUCGGUGUGGAUAGUGAAUUUACUCAUUUCACUCGGGAUCGUAGAUCUAGAUCCCGAAAAAUACAACAGUUAUCAGUGGACUUCGGAGGAAGACAAUAUUCAAUCUCAGCUAAUGAGGAGGAGGGUGAAGAUUUCAAGACGGACAUGGCAAUGGGUAGGCAAGCAUUGAGACUUGCACAUCAUCCUCUGACGCUAUGCUAUGGUAUAACCAUGCGUCUCUCAGAGAAGUUGUAUUUACCUAGGUACCUCUCUUAAUGAUACCAAUUCGAGCACGUCAGUCGGGAAAGAAACAAUGUCUAUAAUUGUUGAAGAUUAGCGACUGAUGAUAACCUUACCGGCGUUUGUUAAUGAAACCUCUUGGCAACUGAACACCACUUCAAUUGUAAUUUUCGCUAUCUUUCUAUAGGGAACAUACUGAGGUCGACAAGACUACUACAUGUCGACAGACUUACA